CUGUCUGCCGCGAUUGUUUACCAGAAACAUGCAUUUCCAUUUUCGCAAAAGACAACAAAGAGUACUAGAAACGACUACAUGAAUUCAACAACAAAUUAAACUUAAUUAAAUUAAAAUUGCAGGAAAACAUUAAAAAUAAAAAAUAAAAAUAAAAAAGUAUGGACUCUGGAGUAAAGACAACUCACCUCCCUCACUCUCCGCCAAAGUAACGCCGCUAGCUGCUCUCUCUCAGUGCUCACUUCCGGCAUUUCCGCUCUCGUUCCAUCUGGCCUUCUUUCUUUAUUUAGUUAUUUAAAUUUUAUGUUUUUUUUCUUACUGUCUCUGUCUCUCUGUCUCACUUACAGGGCCUAUAAAGCACCGGCUGAGAAAAAAAUCAAUAUGCAUAUAUAUAAAUAACUGACGACUUGGACAGCCAGAUGAGCGCCGAGUGCUCUGUUCUGUGCAGAAUCAACUGACCAUCCAUGGCCGCUUCUGGAGCUUCCCUUUAUCUCUCCAAUUUAUCCCCGGCUUUCCGCCGGGAUUCGACGUCUUCAUCCCUUGGAAACUUGAAAUCCACUCGGAUUUCGACUUCUUCUUGGAGACUCGCUGUUUCCACCGAACAAAAGCCAUCCACUUCAACGAGGAGUGAUUUCUCAGAGAGGGGAAGGCUGGAUAUGGGUAAAGAUGAACUUGAGGCCGUAGCUUCUGCAGCAGCGACUUCCGAGGAUCCGGCGGUGGAGCGUAGGAGCUUGAAGGAGUACUUUGAGCGGUCGAAGGAAUUGAUAAUCAGAUCGGACGGUGGACCGCCUCGGUGGUUCACGCCCUUGGAGUGCGGCUCUCCGUUGGCUAAUUCUCCCCUGCUGCUCUUUUUGCCCGGUCUUAUCGGUGGUGGACUUGGACUUAUUAACCAACAUCGUAGACUGGGAAAGAUUUUUGAGAUGUGGUGCUUGCACAUUCCAGUUAUGGAUCGAACUCCAUUUACAGAUCUUCAUUUUUCAGACUUGGCGAAGCUGGUUGAAAGAACAAUUAGGACAGAGAAUCACCGUUCACCUAAAAGACCCAUAUAUCUUGUUGGAGAAUCCUUUGGAGGAUGCCUUGCUCUGGCUGUGGCAGCUCGUACUCCUGAUAUUGAUCUUGUCCUAAUUUUGGCAAACCCAGCUUCAUCCUUUAGUCGGUCUCAACUACAACCUCUGAUACCAUUAUUGGACAUUAUGCCUGACCAACACAAUGUUAGCCUCCCCAACAUGUUGAGAUUGAUGACAGGUGAUCCUUUGAGGAUGGCGAUGGACAGUGUACUGGAGGGAUUUCCUUUACAACAAACAGUUGGGGAGCUAUCACAAGAUCUUGUUUCAAUUUCAUCUUAUCUCUCGGUUCUAUCCGAUGUCUUACCCAGAGAAACACUUCGCUGGAAGCUGCAGAUGCUUAAAUCAGGUUCAGCUGUUUCCAAUUCACGCCUCCAUGCUGUAAAAGCUCAAACACUGAUACUCUCAAGUGGAAGAGAUCUGUUGCUACCUAGUCAAGAGGAAGGUGAAAGGCUGUGUCGUGCUCUGCCAAAAUGUGAGAUUCGUAAGUUCAGCGACAGCGGUCAUUUUCUCUUCUUAGAAGAUGGUAUUGAUUUGGUAACUAUCAUUAAGGGUGCUGGUUUCUACCGCCGUAGAAAAUACAACGACUAUGUUUCAGAUUACAUGCCACCAACCCCUACUGAGUUUGGAAAAAUAUAUGAUGAAAACAGAUGGAUUAAUGAUGUCACUAGUCCUGUGAUGCUGUCAACUUUAGAGGAUGGGAAGAUUGUGAGGGGCCUUGCCGGAAUACCUUCAGCAGGUCCUGUCUUGCUAGUAGGAUAUCAUAUGUUACUUGGACUUGAAUUGGUUCCCUUGAUAACCAAUAUUUAUCGAGAAAGAAAUAUUCUUGUGCGGGGGAUUGCACAUCCACUGACGUUUAUGAAGAUUAAACAAGGAAAGUUACCUGAUUUAUCACUCUAUGAUACAUACAGAAUAAUGGGUGCAGUUCCUGUCUCAGGGACUAACUUCUACAAGCUUUUGUCUUCAAAGUCUCAUGUCCUGCUGUAUCCAGGGGGCAUGCGUGAGGCUCUCCAUCGGAAGGGUGAAGAAUACAAGCUAAUCUGGCCAGAACAAGCUGAGUUUGUCAGGAUGGCAAUAAGAUUUGGAGCCAAAAUCAUACCUUUUGGUACUGUUGGAGAAGAUGAUAUUGGCAAAGUGGUUUUCGAUUAUGAUGACCUAAUGAAGAUUCCUUACUUUAAGGGUGAGAUAGAAGAAUUAACGAAUGAAGCGGUAAAGUUAAGAACUGAUGCUAAUGGGGACGUGGCAAACCAAGAUGUUCACCUCCCUGGAAUUUUACCCAAACUUCCUGGUCGGUUUUAUUUCUACUUCGGGAAACCAAUUGAAACGGAAGGUAGCCAUCACUGCAUUUCAUUCAUCUUAGAGAUAUAUUUCCUAGAUUGGAGACUUUAAAGUCAGUGGAUGUUUAUCCAAAGUACUUAAUUCACUGAGUUGGCUAGAAGAAGCUUAAGAAGAACUAUUGCAACUAACAAUCAUAUGAUCUGUCCAUGCCAUUGAUCUGAUAUUCUCUACACUUACGGAGCGUUUGUCAACCCUCCAGGUUGCACCAUUAUGACAUUCCUGUGCCAUUUAUGUCAUUAUAGUCUAUUAUCCCAAUUCCAAAACAUUAAAUAUUAUAUUGUUUUAGAAACUACUAGAUCAUCAUGAUACACUUAUCUUAAAAGUGUAAAUUAGUAAGAUUUAUGGAAUAGUAGUGGAGGGUGUUUGGUUUGCAGAUUCAAUGGGCUUAGGGUAUUUUUAA